AUGAUCAGCGGAGAUUCCACCGCGUCCCACAUGGGGAGCGUCAAGAAUAUUGAGAAAGCGAGGGAGAGAAGGACUUUCGAAGUUAUGCCGGGAUCUUCCGCCGCGGAUCUUCCGGAUGAGCUCCAAGAACAAACGCAGACCAUCCACCCCCGGAUGGGGUACGAUAUGUCUGAUAGCCUCUUCAUGCAGCACCAGGAGGCCGCCGGCAGAGAGAAGGAGUCCAGAAGGGCGUUGGAGGAGAGAGCUGCUCUGGAGGCAUUUCGCGCUGCAGCACUGAAGAAACCCUUUGAUCCCGCGGCAGCGGCCACUGGUGCUAAGGGGGACGGGGGAUCAGGAAGCGGCGCCGGCGGAGCAGGGGCGGACAGCAGACGGAAGGAACCACCACCACCGCUCGCGGGGAUAAAGCUCCGAAAGAAAAAUUCUCGUUCGGGCACAUCAUCAUCACCAUCACCAGCGGUAACAGCAUCAGGGGUUUCCUCUCCGCAAACAGUUGGUGGCCAGACCGUAGCAGAAGGAGAGUCACCAGGAGCGGGCGGGAAGAGAUCGGUCGACACUCAGGGCGGGGGAGAAGAGGGUGAAGGGGGGGCUGCGAAAAAGAGAGAGCGGGAGGACGGAGGAGCGAAGAAAAGUAAGAAGAAGAAAAGUUCCAAGAAGAGCAAGAGUAAGACCGGAAAACACAGCACGAGCGCCCACGAAGGUGGGGGCGGCGUGGGCGGAGAAAGUGGCAAGGGCGGCGCGGCGGCGGAGGCAUCGUCUGGGCUUGGGUUAGGGUUGGUGGCAUACUCGAGCGGGGACGAUGAUGACGAGGAAAGCUGAUGCGCGAUCAUGAUGGUUUUUGCGGGGGAAAAGGGUUCUACUAGUAUCGCGCCUGUGUUCCCCGCUGACUCAUGACGGAACGGCAUACACUAUCUGAUAUUGGUACCAUUAAAGAGAAAGCAAGCAAUCGCCCGAUACCUUCAUGUUCGUUCAUGGAGACGCACCAUAGUUUGGUUAGUCACUACUUCUAUUUAGACUGACAAAGGUUCCACGAGAGAUAUAAAAAGCUUGAAGUUGACCCACUCUCGCAGGAGAGACGUUGCGAACAUAGACCAUGUUCAGGCAUGAUAGAGCUUCUUGCUGUAGCGAACUGUGCAACUAAUGCCAUGUUGCAUGAUCAUCGUACAGGGUACCGUUGAAGGUAUUUGCGUGUCGAUAAAAGUCAACGAGUUAGACAACGGGUUCGGGUAGUUCGUAGCUGGGGCAUCAGAUGUAUGGAUUCUUGUGUCGCCAGCAAUCAGGGCAGGUGGGAAGAAGAGGGGCAACGGAGAGCUCUCGGUUUGGGUAUCUCGUGAUUGAUCAUUACGCACGAGAUAAUCGAACAUCGGCGAUAAACAUCUCAUAUCUCAC